CAUCGAUCUAUCAGUCAGACAAACACCAAACACCACACAGUCGUCCACAUGCGCGAAGAGUCCUUUACACUGCACACAGGCCCAAUGGAGGGAUGGAUGGAUGGAUGGCAGCACUUAAUGUACACUUGCACAUUCACACGCGGAGAGGUACAUGUACACGGAUACAUGCAGCCCUUCUGCCGGAUCAGCAACCCCCAACCCAACACAGCCCCAACCCACCGAUCCAUCCAUCCCAUCCAUUCAUCAAUCAAUCGAGUUCAAUCACCUCUCUUUCACCUCUCGGCGACGCCGCCGCCCCGCCACAAACAGGCUGCACAAAACCACCACGGAGGAACACUUCCCUGCUGAUGUGACAAGUCCUUCCUGGCUAUGUACUUACUUGGGAUAUCUGCGCGCGCCGCCUCUCUGGCGAAGUUGCUAGUGGGUCGAAGCUCACGUCAAUCUGCUCACCGUCACUCAGACCGAUAUCGGGAUCGCCUACCCAUGCAGACAGCCGAUCACAACAAGGCAGACGAGAUGUGUUGUGUUGUGGUGCUGCCCUGCUCCGUGGUGGGGUGCGGGUCUUCACUCACCGAUAAGUGUGGAGAGAUUUCCAAUUAGUUGUCCGUCGCACGAGAAGCGCAUGCGGUGCAGCACACUCUCAGAGAUGCCCCUCUGCCUCAGCAGACGCGACCUCACCAGCCUCUGCUUCAGAGCACCAAAGGUCACAGCCUGGCAGGAGAGGGGAAGAGUGGACACAUCGAUGGAUGGAUCAGUGAGCCACAGGCAAGUCACUCGCGUGCCUUCCUUAUUUUGAUAGUCUGCCUGCGCGGCCCAGAAAGCCCACUUGGCCACGCAAUGUCAAGCGCCAGACUGGUGACAGACAGGCAGGCGGGAAUGAAUCAAUCGUGCCCGUGCAUUGCCUGCACCGAGCUCGCCCUGCCCACCUGAUGGUUUCGUCGGGCGCAGGGGCAUCGGUCGACGCACAAGGCCUGCAGGCAGCCACAUGACCCACCACAGCUUCCAAUGAGCAUCUGGCUCAGGUCUUGCCCCUCGUGCCUUCCCCGCCGCUCACUGAAUCACUCGCCCUCACUGACUCACUCGGGCGAUGUUAUCGCUUUCUCGAGCAGCGCGUCGAAGUCGAAGUCAUCACCACCACUCCCGCAACGCCCUGGCCGCGAUGGCCGAGCCCCCCCUCCUGCUGCGGUUCCACCUGCUGCCUGGGAGGAUGGUUCAGUAGGAGACGGCUUCUUGUUGCGAGGGGGAGGUCUUAGCCGCUUUGGCGCCUCUGCGAUCUCGAGAUCAUCAUCACCUGAUUCAUGACCUCCGCUGGCACUUCGCGUUCGUUUGCCUGAAUGGCGUUGGAAGAGAGCGACCAAACACAACAGUAGUGUGUGUGCGUUCGUCUCUCUCACCGACGCCAGCUGCGAGCAUCGGCGGGUCAUCAUCGUCGAACAGCGCCAUCUACCCAGGGCUCUAUUGUGUAUCCCGGAGUGCUGCAAACGAAACGGCUGUCCUCAGCGGGGUGCAGCGGCUCUGUGAA